CCAUCAACCUCUUCAAACAAGGUUUUAUCAUGUCGACUGCAACUUCUGCUCCCACUAUCAAACCAACUAAGCUCUUCCAAGAUGUUCUUGGAAAUUUUCACUCAAGAAGGCUACUACUUCAUACAGCUUAUCAACCACCUACCACGGCAUCGCCGCCACUUUCAGACGCUCAUGAAGCAUCACACUCCUAUGCACAUCACAUGAGCUUUGAUGCAAAUGUUGUCAUGGUCCUGUCGGUCCUCUUAUGUGCACUAGUUUGUUCACUUGGACUGCAUUCUGUCAUAAGAUGUGUGUUGAGAUACUCCAAUAUACUAUCAUCCGAAGCUAGUGAAGAGCUCGCAGUUCGCUUGGCCAACACAGGAGUCAAACGAAAAGCCUUGAAGAGUUUCCAGACGGUAAGUUACUCUACAGAGCCGAAGCUGCCUGGCCUAGAUACGGACUGUGCCAUAUGUCUCUCGGAGUUUGUAUCCGGAGAGAGAGUCAAGCUUCUGCCAAAGUGCCACCAUGGAUUCCAUGUCCGGUGUAUAGACAAAUGGCUAAGUUCACACUCAUCUUGUCCCACCUGCAGGCACUGUCUCAUUCAGACUUGCCAGAAGAUAGCUGGCUGCAGUGAGACGACCUCGUCACCAAAUCAACCACCACAGGACAGGAUUAGCAUGCAUAUAGCACCACUAGGACCGGAGAGAUUGAUACACGGCUUCUGAACACAGUCAACUAGGCUUAGGUGCAGUUAUGUUUUCAAAACCUUAUGUCUAUGUAGAAUUAGUCGAGAUCGCUGUUUAUAUGUAGCUCAAUAUUCAAAACAAAGUUAUAAUUGUAAAGCUUUAAACAUUAUGACAUGUUGCUUUCUUCACUCUUUAACGCCUGAAAGUGUACAUAUAUUCCA